CAGCCGUCAAAACUCAUGGACGCAGCCGAUUCGGAAACAGUAGUCCUUUGAGCUUGCAGAAAACCACGGCAACAAUUUUUUGGGUUUAAGAUUUUAAUGUUUGCUCAACGUUAUAAUAAAUAGCAGGCUAGGCUAGAAAUCCGGGUCUAAAAUAGACACGCUUGGUGAAGUCCAAAGACUGGGCUGGGUCGCCAGUUCCGCUUCCCCUCCGCCAUAGCAGACAGAUCCCGGGUCCAAGAAGUUAACGUGAACUCCGAAAACUUUGAAGAACGUUGAUAAAACCUCACGAAUCGUAAUCUCAGGGGAGAUCGUCCUUAAAUAACUGCAGCAAGACCAGUUUGGAGAGCGGAGAAGGCGGGGCUAAAACUGUGAAGAGGUUUUACGCGGAGUUCUGGUUGAUCUCUGAAACCCUCUAACUGCUCUGCGUGUGUUUCUGUGUCAUGUCUGACAACGGUGAGCUGGAGGAUAAACCACCUGCCCCCCCAGUCAGAAUGAGCAGCACCUUUAGCACUGGCAACAAGGACAAUAUGUCAACCCUUCCCGGCACUAAACCCCUGCCCUCCCUCCCCGAGGAGAAGAGAGACAAACACCGCUACAAGAUCCCCUACAUAUUCUCACAAGACAAAGGAAAAAAAAAAGACAAGGACAAGGAGCGUCCAGAGAUUUCCAACCCUUCGGACUUCGAGCACACCAUACAUGUGGGCUUCGAUUCCGUCACAGGAGAGUUCACUGGCAUGCCGGAGCAAUGGGCUCGGCUCCUGCAGACUUCCAACAUCACAAAAUCUGAGCAGGAGAAAAACCCUCAAGCUGUGCUGGAUGCGCUCAAAUUCUACAACUCCUCCGGCAACAACAGGCAGAAAUACCUCAGCUUUACAGAUAAAGAUGCACCACCAGCAAAGAAAGGCUCAGAGCAAUCACCACUUAAGAGCCCUGAUGAUGAUGAUGACGAUGAUGCCCCUCCCCCUAUUGUAGUACCACGCCCACCUCACACCAUAUCUGUAUACACCCGCUCGGUCAUUGAUCCAAUUCCAGCACCUGCAGCUAUUGCCGAAACAGAUGCCAAAGACAAACAGAAGAAGGCCAAGGGCAAGAUGACCGAUGAGGAGAUCAUGGAGAAACUCAGAACAAUCGUCAGUAUUGGAGACCCCAAGAAAAAAUACACGAGAUUCGAAAAAAUUGGACAAGGUGCAUCUGGUACAGUGUACACAGCCAUUGAUGUUGCAACAGGCCAAGAGGUCGCCAUCAAGCAGAUCAACCUCCAGAAACAGCCCAAGAAGGAGCUGAUCAUCAAUGAGAUCCUGGUGAUGAAGGAGAUGAAGAACCCAAACAUUGUCAACUUCGUAGACAGCUUCCUUGUUGGGGAUGAGCUCUUUGUGGUAAUGGAGUAUCUCGCCGGAGGAUCUCUUACUGAUGUUGUGACAGAAACAUGUAUGGAUGAGGCACAGAUUGCUGCUGUCUGCAGAGAGUGUAUACAAGCACUAGAGUUCCUGCAUGCAAACCAGGUCAUCCAUCGAGACAUCAAAAGUGACAAUGUUCUCUUAGGAAUGGAUGGAUCGGUCAAACUAACCGAUUUUGGGUUCUGUGCUCAGAUCACCCCUGAGCAAAGUAAGAGGAGCACAAUGGUAGGGACACCUUACUGGAUGGCCCCUGAGGUGGUCACACGUAAGGCCUACGGGCCUAAAGUGGACAUAUGGUCUCUGGGCAUCAUGGCCAUUGAGAUGGUGGAGGGUGAACCGCCUUACCUCAAUGAGAAUCCACUGAGGGCUUUGUACCUCAUCGCCACUAACGGCACCCCUGAACUUCAGAACCCAGAGAAGCUGUCGCCCAUAUUUAGAGACUUCCUGAACCGCUGUCUUGAGAUGGACGUGGAGAAGAGAGGUGGAGGAAAGGAACUUCUCCAACAUCCGUUCCUCAAGCUGGCCAAGCCUCUUUCCAGUCUCACUCCUCUUAUACUAGCAGCCAAGGAGGCAAUGAAGAGUAGUCGCUAGCCUCCGAUUGCUGUGAAGACCUCCAUCACUCCGGCACAGUCUCUCAUCUGGCCCUAGAAGAGGAACUUCGUUUUUUCUGCCGAGGACUUUAGUUCUCUCCACCUGGGGGCGACCGACUUGCACAAUCAUCAUGCCAAUCUCUUUUUAUCAAGUGCCUGAAGGGGCUGAACUACCAGAAGAGCCCCAAACUGUAAACCCUCUCGUUUUCUACUGAUGUCUUUCAUUUUCUUUCAGGUUUCGUCAGUACGUGUCUGGACGUUUCAUGAAUUUCUAUCCCGAUUCUGUUGAAUUGUACUAGUUACGACAUGAGUAUUAGUUCAUUUUGGCCUAACAAAGUUUUUGUGGGAAGAAUUGUAAUACCUAAUGACCUGUCACUUGUGCCUACUACCUGUUUGCCUUUAGUUGUCUCAAAAUGGAAAGGAACAGUUGUGCUGUAUGAAAUGAAAUGAACCGUUUCUGUCGUCGGGUACUUGUUGCCUGAAUAACCUGACGUGUAUUAAAUGGUUUUGUAUAUUG